GACUUUAAUUAAUUCACCACCUUGCGGCUUGCUCUCUCCCUCCCGUGCGCGUGCGGCGUUGCGUCAUUCACCCCCACUUCUCACUUCUGCGUUUCUCGAUUCAGUUCAAGUAACCAGCACCAGCCACCGGGAAGAAGCCGGGGGCAGUGGGAAAGGAAGAACACCGCCGCAACAGAAGGGGCACUGCGGCCGCGCUGCUCUUGUCAACAGAGAUCCAGCGGCGCCGGCCGAAUCGACAGCCAUUAUGAGGCACAGAGCUCGCUCUUCCCCCAGCUCUCCACUCACCCCAUCCACCAGCAUGAGAGCGAAGAAGAUAUUUGGUUUCUCCGUAUCUCUCAUCCUCAUCAAUCUGGCUUCUAUCAUGGAGCGUGCCGAUGAGAAUCUUCUCCCAGCAGUUUACAAGGAAGUCAGCGUAGCCUUCAACGUUGGUCCCGCCGAUCUGGGAUACCUUAAUUUCCUAAUGAAUUUUCUCAAGUCGGUAGCAUCCCCCUUGGCAGGCAUCCUUGCUCUCCACUACGAUCGUCCAGCGGUGCUUGCGAUAGGCACCGUCUUCUGGGCCUUAUCAACAGGGGCUGUUGGUGUCAGCCAGCAUUUUGGGCAGCUCGCAUUUUGGAGAGCUGUGAACGGCCUUGGACUUGCCAUUGUAAUACCGGCGCUUCAGUCCUUCAUAGCGGAUAGCUACAAAGACGGUACACGUGGUGCCGGGUUUGGUCUGUUAAGCCUCAUUGGUGCGGUGGGGGGUAUAGGUGGUAGUGUUGUGGCGACACUCAUGGCUGGGAAUGACUACUGGGGGGUGCCUGGGUGGCGUCUUGCGUUUAUUAUGGUUGCACUUGUUAGCUUGAUAAUUGGCAUUCUUGUGUACCUGUAUUCCACUGAUCCGAGAAGAAUCCCUGACAAUCAUCUUCUAGAUGAUAACGACUACGAGAGGUUACAUCUGUCCAGCAAAGACGUUCUUCCUCCGCCCUCCAUCUGGAUGGAUUCUUGGGUAGCAAUGAGAAGUGUCAUGAAAGUGAAGACAUUUCAGAUCAUUGUGUUGCAGGGGAUAAUCGGCUCAUUGCCCUGGACGGCCAUAGUUUUCUUCACUAUGUGGUUUGAACUCAUCGGUUUUGACAACAGGAGCUCUGCAGCAUUGAACAGCCUAUUCGCCAUCGGGUGCGCCAGUGGAGCUUUCCUCGGCGGCGUGCUGGCGGACCGGCUGUCGCGGCACUACCCCGACUCCGCGCGCAUCAUGUGCGCCCAGUUCAGCGCCUUCAUGGGCAUCCCGUUCUCAUGGAUCCUCCUCACAGUCAUUCCUCAGUCCACUGACUACUGGUUCGCCUACGCCGUCACGCUCUUCUUCAUGGGCAUCACCAUCAGCUGGUGUGCCACCUCGGCUAACAACCCCAUGUUCGCGGAGGUGGUCCCUCCCAAGCACCGCACCAUGAUCUACGCCUUCGACCGCGCAUUCGAGGGCUCGUUCGCUUCGUUGGCCGCUCCUGCUGUUGGCUUGGUCACUGAGAAGAUAUAUGGCUACGACGCCAAGACUGUGAACAUCGCCAAUGGAUCGGCGGAAGGAGCUUAUGCGCUGUCAAGGGGUCUGCUCACCAUGAUGAUUGUUCCUUUUGGUAUCUGUGUCCUGUUCUACAGCCCUUUGUACCUUGUGUUCAAGCGCGACAGAGAUAGUGCCAAGGUGGCCAGCUUCAAAGACCAGGAGCUAACCUGAAGAGGUAGCUUCUUUAGGCUGACGGAUCAGAAAGGUUGAGUUCGUUCUUCAGGUUGAUAGAUAGAUUCGGGCUGCUUGUGACGAGCCACUCGUUUUCCUCUUUUCUUGUGGGGAAGCCACUCGUUUUCAAUGGCGAUUUUUUUAUUUAGAAAAGGACGUUUUCAAUGGCGAUAUAUUCAUCUCAAGAAGAAAAUGCCAAAAUAUUCUUCAGAUUCAGCCGCAAGAAAUCCUAGAUAAUGUUGUUUC